AUGGCGGAAGCGUCCAGUGCACCAGUGGCCCAGGCGCCGUUGAACACCGCGACCCCCAGCACGAGCACCGAGGAUGGCAGCGGACAGCCGCCCUUUCGCUACUUCCGACCUCCCCAAGGAGGGAUAGAACGCAAGGAUCUCCCCGACUCGUAUUUCCAGCCCAGCACCACAGACUUGAAGCGGGCGCAGGCAUCGUUGUCGGCGCGGACGCUGGCAUUGAACAACGCUCCGCUCAAGACACAGGCAAUGCGGGAGGCUGAGGAGAAGACGAAACGUGCGAGAUGGCCUACCACCACCAUCCGAAUCAAGUUCAGCGAUCGCAGUCAGCUAGAGAAGACAUUCCCCUCGACGGACAAGAUCAAGUCUGUGUACGCCUUUGUCCGCAACUCGCUGCGAGAGGACGUGAAGCCCAUCAAGUUUGUGCUCUACCAAACGCCGCCGAAACGCGAGUUCAAAGUGUCCGACCCGAACGUGCGCGAGCUCACCCUGGCUGGACUACAACUGGCACCCUCUUCUGUCCUCCUCCUCAGCUUCUUUGACGAGAGCCUCAACCAAACUGAUGUCCCUGCGCCGCUCGAUCCCUCCAUCCUCGCUGCGGCCGAGGACCUUCCCAAGCCACCGAAUUUCGACUUAGAGGAGAAAAGUACAGGUGAGGGGUCCGCGGCUCCGGCAGGGCGGACACUGUCAGGCCAGCCAGCGCCGGAAGCACCGCCGGCGGAGAAAAAGGUGCCCAAAUGGUUCAAGAUGGGAACGAGUACGUGA